AUGUUGCGAAAAACUUUGAGGGAACGCCGGGAGUAUCUAUUCAAAAAAUCGCAAGAAGGCAGAAGAGAUGUUUCCCUGAAAAAAGCUAGGCAGCUAAAGGAGGCCUUGGAUAACGAUAAACCCAUACCUGGCGAACUCAGGGCUCUGAGCGGCGUCGUACAGUCGUCUCUGGACCUGUUAGACGCAAAAAAGAGGGAGGAACUUACGCAUCUUGAUGAUGAAUACGCAUUUGCUGGAAUCAAGGAUCCGAAGGUCCUGAUAACAACAUCCAGAAAUCCUUCCAGCAGGCUAUCGCAAUUUGCAAAGGAAAUGCGCCUCAUUAUACCAAACUCUGAACGUCUUAAUCGUGGUUCAUAUAUUCUCAAGGACCUGGUUGACUUUUGUAGAGCCAAAGACGUUUCAGAUAUCGUACUACUAUAUGAACAUAGAGGAAAACCCGAUGCAAUGGUCGUAUCUCACCUUCCUCAUGGACCUACGUCAUAUUUCCAGCUUUCCGAUGUAAUAUUAAGGCAUGAUCUUCCAGAAAGCCCGCCCACCAUGUCUGAGGCAUACCCUCAUUUGAUUUUUCACAACUUCACCUCUCAGCUGGGAAAUCGAUUCAAAGAUAUACUGCGAUAUUUGUUCCCUCCCCAAAAUACAAAUGAAACUAGAGUGCUGUCAUUUAUUAACAAAGCUGAUCGCAUUUUUUUUAGACACCAUGUCUGGAAUGAAACAAAAAUUGGUGCCGACGAUAAAAAUGUAACUUUGACCGAGAUUGGACCAAGAUUUACCCUAAAGCCCUUCAAAAUCGAGUUGGGUACGGUUGAUAUGCGUGAUUUAGAGGUGGAAUGGACCUUGAGACCAUAUUUCAAUACACAUGAGCCCGCACUUUCAGCAGCUUAAUAAUGUAGUAAAA